GCUGGAGACGGGGAGACACGCUCGAACUGGGGCUCACACAGCCGGCCCCCAGACUGCGCUCGGAGGGCGGCUCUUCUCGGGGGCCCAGUGCCCAUCACCACCCAGGGCAGGGACCGAGGGGGUCCGCGGCCACCGCACGAUCCGCCCCCAGCCCCGGGGACCCCAGACCCUGCGCAGACACCCGGGGCCUCGGCCCCUUUAAGGACCCGCCCCCGCCCGGCCGCUCCACGCCUGCGCACGGCCGCCCCACGCCUGGACGCUCGGGCGCCCCUAGGAGCUGCCGCGGUCCUCAGCCGCCAGAUGGGGAGACCAAGACCCUACCAGGGCCCAACAGCUCUUCUCCAGCACCGCAGAGAUCAACUACAGUGGAUCCAUCCACCUACUAAAGGGCUUCUUGCCUGCUUCCAAGGUCCAGCAAUUAUGAAGAAAGCUUCGAUAAACAUCCGCUUGCAGGCUUUUAUGUGGACAUCAGUUUUCAGCUCAUUUGGCAGUGCAUGAGAGUUCCUGUGGCUCCACGUCUUCCCCAGCAUUUGGUGCUGUCGGUGUUUCGGAUCUUAGCAAUUCUAUGAGGUCUGGCCUCGCCCCACGGACCAUGGCCUUGCCCCCAUGAGCUAGAGCCUGUUCCUCGGCACGCACCCACCGCCAGCCAGCAGGAUGCAGCUGUGGAAGGCGGUGGUGGUGACCCUGGCCUUCAUGAGCAUGGACGUCGGCAUGACCACGGCCAUCUACAUCCUCAGCCACCUGGACCGCAGCCUGCUGGAGGACAUCCGCCAUUUCAACAUCUUUGACUCGGUGCUGGACCUCUGGGCGGCCUGCCUCUACCGCAGCUGCCUGCUGCUGGGAGCCACCAUCGGUGUGGCCAAGAACAGCGCCCUGGGGCCCCGGCGGCUUCGGGCCUCCUGGACGGUCAUCGCCCUCGUGUGCCUCUUUGUGGGCAUCUACACCAUGGUGAAGCUGCUCCUCUUCUCCGAGGUCCGCAAGCCGGUCCGGGACCCGUGGUUCUGGGCCCUCUUCGUGUGGACUUAUAUCUCGCUCGCCGCUUCCUUCAUGCUCUGGUGGCUGCUGUCCACGGUGCGGCCGGACGCCAAGGCCCUGGAGCCCGGGGCUGAGGCCGAGGCUGACGGCUUCCCCAGGGAGCCCCGACCCCCUCGUGAGCAGGCAUCGGGGGCCACGCUGCAAAAGCUGCUGUCCUACACCAAGCCUGACGUGGCCUUCCUCGUGGCGGCCUCCUUCUUCCUCAUUGUGGCAGCUCUGGGAGAGACCUUCCUUCCCUACUACACUGGCCGGGCCAUUGAUGGCAUCGUCAUCCAGAAGAGCAUGGAGCAGUUCAGCACGGCCGUCAUUGUCAUGUGCCUGCUGGCCAUCGGCAGCUCAUUUGCCGCAGGUGUUCGGGGCGGCAUUUUUACCCUCAUAUUUGCCAGACUGAACAUUCGCCUUCGGAAUCGUCUCUUCCGCUCACUGGUGUCCCAGGAGAUGAGCUUCUUCGACGAGAAUCGCACAGGGGACCUCAUCUCCCGCCUCACCUCGGACACCACCAUGGUCAGCGACUUGGUCUCCCAGAAUAUCAACAUCUUCCUGCGGAACACGGUCAAGGUCACGGGCGUGGUGGUCUUCAUGUUCAGCCUCUCGUGGCAGCUGUCAUUGGUCACCUUCAUGGGUUUCCCCAUCAUCAUGAUGGUGUCCGACAUCUACGGCAAGUACUACAAGAGGCUCUCCAAAGAGGUCCAGAAUGCUCUGGCAAGGGCCAGCAGCACAGCCGAGGAGACCAUCAGUGCCAUGAAGACCGUGCGGAGCUUUGCCAACGAGGAGGAAGAGGCAGAGGUGUAUUCCCGGAAGCUCCAGCAGGUGUACAAGCUGAACAGGAAGGAGGCUGCGGCCUACACCUACUACGUCUGGGGCAGUGGGCUCACGCUGCUGGUCGUCCAGGUCAGUAUCCUCUACUACGGGGGCCACCUCGUCAUCUCAGGGCAGAUGACCAGCGGCAACCUCAUCUCCUUCAUUAUCUACGAGUUUGUCCUGGGAGACUGUAUGGAGUCCGUGGGCUCCGUCUAUAGUGGCCUGAUGCAGGGAGUGGGGGCCGCCGAGAAGGUGUUCGAGUUCAUUGACCGGCAGCCAACCAUGGUGCAUGAUGGGAACUUGGCCCCCGACUGCCUGGAGGGCCGGGUGGACUUUGAGAAUGUGACCUUCACCUACCGCACUCGGCCCCACACCCAAGUUCUGCAGAAUGUCUCCUUCAGCCUGUCCCCAGGAAAGGUGACCGCGCUCGUGGGGCCCUCGGGCAGUGGGAAGAGUUCCUGUGUCAACAUCCUAGAGAACUUCUACCCGCUGGAGGGGGGCUGCGUGCUGCUGGACGGAAAGCCCAUCAGCGCCUAUGACCACAAGUACCUGCACCGCGUGAUCUCCCUCGUGAGCCAGGAGCCGGUGCUGUUCGCCCGCUCCAUCACAGACAACAUCUCCUACGGCCUGCCCACCGUGCCCUUCGAGAUGGUAGUGGAGGCCGCACAGAAAGCAAAUGCCCACGGCUUCAUCAUGGAGCUCCAGGACGGCUACAAUACAGAGACUGGGGAGAAGGGCGCCCAGCUGUCGGGUGGCCAGAAGCAGCGGGUGGCCAUGGCUCGGGCUCUGGUGCGGAACCCACCUGUCCUCAUCUUGGACGAAGCCACCAGCGCUCUGGAUGCGGAGAGCGAGUACCUGAUCCAGCAGGCCAUCCACGGCAACCUGCAGAAGCACACCGUGCUCAUCAUCGCGCACCGCCUGAGCACGGUGGAGCGCGCGCACCUCAUCGUGGUGCUGGACAAGGGCCGCGUGGUGCAGCAGGGCACGCACCAGCAGCUGCUGGCCCAGGGUGGCCUCUACGCCAAGCUGGUGCAGCGGCAGAUGCUGGGGCUCGAGCCCGCCGCGGACUACUCAGCUGGCCACAAGGACCCACCGGGCGGCGGCCACAAGGCCUGACCGCAGGCCCCGCCUCGCACGGUGGGGCCGAGGUCCCGGUGCCUGCCGGGCAGAUGUACCCAUGGGGGCCCCCCCUAUCCCCUCUGCCCUCUGAGCCGAGGCCCACCGUGCCGGAGGACAGCCUGCCACGUCCCAUGUGUCACUGCUUCCUGCAUCGCGCCCCCCCAUCCAUCCACCUGCCCCCACCCCCACCCCGCCCUUCCCCGCUGGGCAGCAGAGACCCCGCUGGUCUCUCCAUCCCGUCUCCCAGGGCUUCUAAGAGAAGGUAGAGCUACCUUUUUAAACCAAGAUCUCACUUGAAGAACCAAGGUAUUUUACUGCUUGGUUCGAUGGGCCCCAGUCAACUCCCAGAUUUCAAAAACUUUUUUUUUUUUUUUUAAAUGGG